AUGAAAACAAUUCCUCCCGAAUGGGAACUUGUUCAUCAACAAGCAUCGGAAUUUAUUGAGAGCAACAGAGGUUCUCUGUUGAGCUCUCCUUCCACUCUGCAAAUUAUUAAUAGUAUUUGUAGUAAUAUUAUAUCUCAUCCGAAUGAAGAAAAGUUCAGAAAAAUCAAACUUGCAAAUCCGAAAUUUAAUGAGUUUGUAAUGAAUGUACAGGGAGCAAUUAAUUUAUUGUUUUUAUGUGGGUUUGAAAUUGAUGAUCAGAAUGAAAAUCUCAUCAUCAAGUCAGGAAAUUUGAAUAUUCAUGACUUGCAAGCUCUUGUUCAUGUGAUUCAAGACUACAUCACGAAACCAUCACCAACAUCAUCAUCAACAGCAACUACAUCUACAACAACCAAAACAAACGCCUUCCCUUCUCAAUCAAUGUCUUCUUCAUGCCGUAACACUGAUGCAGAGAUGGAAGAAAGACGAAGAAAAUUGUUAGAAGAAAAGAAGAAAAUACAAGCCGAAAAGGAAAAAAUCAAACAACAAUUGAAUGCUGAUAAAGAAGAAAGAAAGUAUUUACCAUCAGGUGUUAGUUCAAAGAAAACAAAAAAACCAGAAUCUAACUCAAAGAAAACCUUUAAAGAUAUUGGUGUUGAUUUGAGUAGACAAGGCGGGUGA